GAAGAAAAGUCACCAAAAGUGAAAAAGGGUAGGGGAAUGGGAGUGUGCUACACGAUCUGUAGCACAAAGGUGUGCUACAUACGAGCCCGAUCUCCAUUCUGAGUUCUGCCAUUGUUUUUGUUUUUGAGCUUUUUGGAUGUUUCAGUGAACCAAUAAGAAUUAACAUCCAUUUCUUGAUACUAUCGACUUGAUUUUUUUGUUAGAUUCAUUGUGCUUGCCUGGAAUGGAUAGAAUGAUGGGUUAUAGGUUUGUGGGUGCCAAUUGAAAGGUAGAUGUCGAAGCACCAUUUAUAGCAGUAGCUUUCUCACAGGAUCUAUUACGUAACAAUUUAACGAAUCAACUAUUGGGUCCUACUUCUAAACAAAAGCAAAAGGAGACGGGAGCAGAGAAAUUUUAGCAAAAUAUUACGGCCCACAAACACAUUAAAGGGGUGGCACGAACUUCGACGAUGCUUCUUGAACAGGGUUGCCGAGAGGAGCAAGUCAGCUGUGGCGACUUGGAAUUGUAAUGAUUCCCUCCAUUGAAUUUGAACUGAAAAAAAUUAGAAGGGCAGAUAUCAUGGUCCGGAAUCUCUCUCCGUUCUUUUUGUAGAACUUCAAAAGCAGAGGAACAGAUUUGGAUACCUGAAUGGCUUCUUAUUCUACAUGAGGAGCACGGACAUCGGGGCUGAAAGCUAAACACUGCGAUGACGACCAGUCUGGUGACAGGAAGUGGGCACUUGCAUUUUAGUGUGAAAUCAUUUAAGGAACAAGGUUGUAGACAAGCUUCCUGGGUAUCUGGUAUAGCCUUCAGGAGAUGUAUACACAAAGAGCUUUUCAGGUCAGCUGGAGUAUCCAAAUUAUUGCGGGUCCAUGGACAUGACUUUUCUCAAGCUCAAAUAAGUCAGAGUAGGAGCCCUCUCAGAACCAUCACUCUAUCAUGCUUGAGAGAUGGUACCACUAAGUGUUUUGACUUCGCCGUCAUCGGCAGUGGAGUUGCUGGCCUCCGCUAUGCUCUUGAAGUUUCAAAACAUGGAUCUGUUGCAGUGAUUACAAAGGCUGAGUCUCAUGAGAGCAACACAAACUAUGCACAAGGAGGUGUGAGUGCUGUUUUGGGCCCUUUGGAUUCUGUAGAAAAUCACAUGCGGGACACCAUUGUAGCAGGGGCUUAUUUGUGUGAUGAGGAGACUGUUAGGGUGGUGUGUACAGAAGGUCCUGACAGAGUUAGAGAGCUGAUUGCUAUGGGUGCAUCAUUUGAUCAUGGAGAUGAUGGGAACUUGCAUCUAGCAAGGGAAGGAGGCCACUCUCAUCAUAGAAUUGUCCAUGCAGCAGAUAUGACCGGGAGAGAGAUUGAGCGGGCACUAUUGAAAGCAGUUCUUGAUGAUUCAAACAUCUUUAUGUUUGAGCACCACUUAGCUAUAGAUUUUCUGACAUCUCAGGAAGGUUCAGAAACAUUCUGCCAUGGCGUGGACACCCUGAAUACUGAAACACAAGAGGUUGUACGAUUUAUCUCAAAGGUGACUUUAGUUGCAUCUGGUGGAGCAGGGCAUAUCUAUCCUACAACUACAAAUCCACUGGUAGCCACUGGAGAUGGAGUUGCUAUGGCCCAUCGAGCUCAGGCUGUAAUCUCCAAUAUGGAGUUUGUGCAGUUCCACCCUACUGCCUUGGCUGAUGAAGGCCUUCCAAUAAAGCCAAGCAAGAAUCGUGUCAAUGCAUUUCUCAUCACUGAAGCUGUUAGGGGAGAUGGAGGUAUUCUUUACAACCUAGCCAUGGAAAGGUUCAUGCCCCUGUAUGACGAGAGAGCAGAGCUUGCCCCCAGAGAUGUGGUUGCAAGAAGUAUAGAUGACCAGCUGAAGAAACGUAAUGAGAGGUAUGUGCUACUUGAUAUAAGCCAUAAACCCAGAGAUGAGAUUCUCUCCCAUUUCCCCAACAUAGCUGCUGAAUGUCUCCGCUGUGGACUAGACAUAACACGUGAACCAAUCCCGGUUGUUCCUGCUGCUCAUUACAUGUGUGGGGGAGUCCGUGCUGGACUUCAUGGAGAGACAAAUGUGCAGGGCUUAUAUGUAGCUGGAGAGGUUGCUUGCACAGGGUUGCAUGGCGCAAACCGACUGGCAAGCAACUCAUUGCUUGAGGCACUAGUGUUUGCACAACGGGCUGUGCAGCCUUCGGUAGACCACAAGGACAAUUUAAAACUUGAGCUCGCUUCUUUGGAUUCAUGGGCCUGGCCAGUAAUUCCUAUGUCGCUUGGAAGCAAUGUACUGUCAGAUAUCAUAAAGAGGACAAGGGAAGUGAGGAAGGAACUGCAAUCAAUCAUGUGGAAUUAUGUGGGGAUUGUGCGGUCAACAAGCAGGUUGAAGAUGGCAGAGUGGAGGAUCGGGGAGUUGGAAACGGAGUGGGAAGAGUAUCUAUUUCGAAAGGGGUGGGAGCCAACAAUGGUUAGGAUCGAGGCAUGUGAGAUGAGGAAUCUUUUCUGUUGUGCGAAACUUGUCGUGAGCAGUGCGCUUGCAAGGCAUGAAAGCCGUGGGCUCCACUUCGUCGUAGAUUUCCCCCAUGUAGAGGAGAGCAAGAGGCAGCCAACAGUUAUAUUCCCUUGUUCUUCUGUGAAGGGUACAUGGAGUACUCUACAACUACACAAGCAACAACACUGUUGACUACAUGAAGGCGGUUUCGACAGUACAUUAUUCCUCAUACCUCCAAAAUUUUUGGCUUAAAUGCUGUCCCUUCCAUAUUUUUGGAAGUCAUUGUGGAUGAAGCAUUUGGCUAUGACAAGCAUCAUAUUCAUCAAAAAAGGAAAAUUACAGGAACCAUUGGUGAGAGAAGUGACAGAAUUUUAGAAAAGUUACCAGAGUGGGGGACACUUCUCCCCUUGAAAUAGAGAAAAAUAUAGUGUUGUUUUUUAUUGAUUUAAAGCCAUUCUUGUUUCCUUAUACCAUUUGUUUAACUUUGGCACUCCUAUAUCAUUCCCAAGAAAAUUUCGAUAUAUCUGCCACCAUAUCAUGGUACACUUGCUGUGUAACCUUUUAGUAUGUGAAACAUGAAAUAAAUUAUACAGCAGUUUCAUUGAUCCUGUAAA